UGAGAGGUGGCUCAGGCAGUCACACACUGGCACAGCUCACAGACAGCGAUGCAGAAAAGCAGACAUCGAUGUGUGUAGUCACAGCAACUCAGGUCGUGGUCAAAGGCAGCUGUAGAAGCGUCUCUCUAUACGAGGAAGCAGCAAGGAAAACACAGUUAAAAUCCAAGAUGUAGGGGGCGUUUAUGCACCGGAGCCAGAGGAUCCAGGGCCUGACUACCAGGAUGUAGCAGGUUCCACAGAAGACAUGGACGGGGACAACCACACUACAGUCACAGAAUUCCUCCUCCUGGGACUCUCUGGGCAGCAGGACCAGGAAGAUGCCCUCUGCGGGCUGUUCCUGUGCCUGUACCUGGUCACCAUCCUCGGGAACCUUCUCAUCGUCCUGGCCAUCAGCUGUGACCCUCACCUCCACACGCCCAUGUACUUCUUCUUGGCCAACCUCUCCAGUGUGGACAUCUGCUUCUCAUCAGUCACAGUCCCCAAGAUGCUGGUGAAUCACGUGCUGGGGAGCAAGUCCAUCUCUUACCCACAGUGCAUGACCCAGAUCUACUUCUUCAUCACAUUUGGCAACAUGGACGGGUUCCUUCUGAGUGUGAUGGCCUAUGACCGCUACGUGGCCAUCUGUCGCCCACUGCACUACACUGUGAUCAUGAGGCCUAGACUCUGUGUCCUGCUGGUGGCCGUCUCCUGGGUCAUUACCAACCUGCAUUCCCUCCUCUACACUCUGCUCAUGGUCAGACUCAACUUCUGUUCCAACAACACUGUGCACCACUUCUUCUGUGACCCCUACCCUCUCCUGAAGAUCUCUUGUUCUGACACCUUCAUCAACGACCUCAUGGUUUUCACUGAGGGUAGCGUGAUAUUUCUGACACCAUUUAUGUGCAUUGUUGUUUCAUACGCCUACAUCUUCUCUAAAGUGCUGAAGUUGCCCUCAGCCCAGGGGAUAAGGAAAGCCCUGUCCACAUGUGGGUCCCACCUCACUGUGGUCUCCCUCUUCUAUGGGACAAUUCUGGGGGUCUAUAUGCACCCCUCAUCAUCCUACUCAGUGCAGGACACGGUGGCCUCUGUCAUCUUCACAGUGGUGACACCACUGGUCAAUCCUUUCAUCUACAGCCUGAGGAAUCGGGACAUGAAAGCAGCCCUCAGGAAGCUCAUUCUCAGAUCCCUGAAUUAG